GAGAACUCCGAAGAACGCCUGAGCCCAGCAGCACCGCGGACAGCGCCCGGCAGCGCCCGCGCCCAGGUUCCUCCGCAGCUCUCCCUGGCGCACAAGCUGAGGUUUCGCUCACCCGGCUCUCGCACCGACACACACGCACACACAACAACACACAUUCACACACGCGGACACGCACCCUGCUAUACAAUGGCAGAAUCCCACCUGCAAUCAUCUCUGAUCACAGCCUCACAGUUUUUCGAGAUCUGGCUUCAUUUCGACGCUGACGGAAGCGGUUACCUGGAAGGGAAGGAGCUGCAGAACUUGAUCCAGGAGCUCCUGCAGGCGCGAAAGAAAGCCGGACUGGAGUUAUCACCUGAGAUGAAAACUUUUGUGGAUCAAUAUGGCCAAAGAGAUGAUGGAAAAAUAGGAAUUGUAGAGUUGGCUCAUGUCUUACCCACAGAAGAGAAUUUCCUGCUGCUCUUUCGAUGCCAGCAGCUGAAGUCCUGUGAGGAAUUCAUGAAGACAUGGAGAAAAUACGAUACCGAUCACAGUGGCUUCAUAGAAACGGAGGAGCUGAAGAACUUUCUAAAAGACCUGCUAGAAAAAGCAAACAAGGUUGUUGAUGACACAAAGUUAGCCGAGUAUACAGACCUCAUGCUGAAACUAUUUGAUUCAAAUAAUGACGGGAAGCUGGAAUUAACAGAGAUGGCCAGGUUACUACCAGUGCAGGAGAAUUUUCUUCUUAAAUUUCAGGGAAUCAAAAUGUGUGGGAAAGAAUUCAAUAAAGCUUUUGAGCUGUAUGAUCAGGAUGGCAAUGGAUACAUAGAUGAAAAUGAGCUGGAUGCUUUACUGAAGGACCUGUGUGAGAAGAAUAAACAGGAACUGGAUAUUAACAAUAUUCCAACAUACAAGAAGAACAUAAUGGCUUUGUCGGAUGGAGGGAAGCUGUACCGAACAGAUCUUGCUCUUAUCCUCUGUGCUGAGGACAACUAGAGUUGGUGGUCACAGCCACUUGCUAGCGAUACAUUGUAUCUAAAAAGUAACUGUGCACUAUAAGGGAGUAGGCUAUAUUUUCUUUUAUAUCUGUAAAUUUAACUGCAUAUAGAUGAUUAUCAGGAUGUGUAGCUCAUUCUUUUCAGCUUGUUUCUAUACUGUUUGUAAUGUACAGUUUUUGUAACUACAUGAUUGAAACGGAGAAUGGAGAAUGAAGAUGCUUAGGCGAGUCAGUAUACCCUGUGGAACAAAGAAAUAUAACCUAACAUAUUCCUGUUUUCAUAAAUAUGGUUGGAUGAGAUUUCUCUAAAAAUUCCACCAGAAUUAACCUCUAUGAUUCUAGUCUCUGAUGUGUAAAUGCACAUUUGUCACUGAAUGAGAACAUUAUACGUGACAAGCCAAGCACUCUUAUUUUAGACAAUCAUAGGACUGUCCCACAAAGUAUUUCUAAGCUGUAUUUCCAACUGUUAGGAGGAAUGUGCUUUUGCAUCUAAAAUGCUCACCAAAGUAUCAAUAGUUAUUGUGGCUUUAUGAAGUUAACAGUCUCACUAGAGGAGAUUUAGUUUACCUAAUCAAUGUGUCUACUGCUUAAUUCCAUACAAAACUACUGGCUCACGUUGAUUUGGUGAUAAGCGAAGACAGCAUCAAAUGACACGUAAAUUUGUCUGAUUCUAUACCUAUAUUUCCAAGAAGCCUACUGUCAGAGCAGGACGUUAAUCCAUUUUCUAAACUGUUUUCAUGUGUCGUAGGUUAUAAUUAUUCUAGUAAACUGCUGUUUCAUGUCAUAUUCUGUGUAAUCUCUGAUUAAAUUUAAUAUACUAAGUAUCCUGGUGUCUAGUUUUCAUACUUCCUGGAUUUUCUUUCAGGUAGAACUGUUCAUUUCUAGGUAGAACUGUUCAUUUCCACCAACGGUGUCUGCUGCCUCUGAAAGUAUUUUUUUCUAGCUAUAACAACUCUAUUUUUUACUACAUAAAUUAAAUUUUAAUGUAAAAUUCAUAGCAUCCUGAUUAUUGAAUGUUCUAUCAUCAAUACUUUUGUGUAACAUGUGGAUUCUAUAUUUCAUAUUGAGAUCAGCAUUCAAAAUAGUAAAAUUUCUAUCUGUGAAUAGUUUCAAAUGAGUUUAAAAAAUUACAUCUGAAGAGAAAUGCUAAUAUAUCUCUAGUUAUAUAGCAAGGGAGAUUCUAAAACAUUCUUUAAAACACAUCCAAGUAACAGUUUCACAUAUUUGUAGCUAGAGUAUUCUAUACUGGUUAUAGUUGAUAAGUAAAGGUUGGUGAUUUUGGAUUCUUCGGUUGUGAAACAGAAAGCUGUGAGAGAUGUGGCUGUGUGAAACUUACAAAGAUACUGCCAGGGAGUUAAUGAUGGUUUGGGAUCACCUUGAAUAUCAUUAUUCUAUAAAUUCAACACUUAUUUUUUCAAUUCAUAAAUAUAACAAAAAUUGGGAGCUAUCUCUUUCCCUUAAGAAUGAAAAGAAAAGAGAUCUGCCAAAAAUUAAAAUUUACCAAAUGAUGUUAAGUGAAUGGCAGAUCGGCUUUGCCUGUAGCAUGUAAAUGGAAGCACUGACAUUAGACUGAAUUUACUAAGACUAAAUAAAGAAAAUCACCUUAA